AAUGUUAUCACCGCGACAUCUACUAUCUCCUUCCUCAUUUUCUCGGUACACUAGGAGAUUCACGUCGAGUGCGAAGACACGUGCGGAUUUCACGCAUGUUGUCGUAGGGGGAGGAGUGGUUGGAUUGGCCAUUGCACGGAAACUUCAGCAGAGAGAUGGGGUUUCUACCGUUCUGAUUGAGAAACAUGGGUCAGUGGGGACGGAGACUAGUAGUCGGAAUUCGGAGGUGAUUCACGCAGGUCUCUACUACGGCACCGACUCCCUGAAAACCAAACUAUGCCUACACGGCAAGCAAAUGAUGUACGACCUCUGCCGCGAAAAUCACAUCCCGCACCGUAAUACGGGAAAGUGGAUAGUAGCCCAAGAUUCCACCCAGCUAGAAGCUCUCCAGAAAGUGCACGACCACGCUACCUCUCUCGACAUCCCCAUCCAGUUCCUCUCCAAAGAAGAAGCCAAACGCCGGGAACCAGAUGUCCGCGCCGAAGCCGGAGUACUGGAAUCGCCCAGUACCGGGAUCGUAGACUCGCACGCGCUGAUGCAAUUCCUCCAAGGCGACUUCGAAGAACAAGGCGGGAUAUGCGCAUUCAAAAGCCCCGUAACGCACAUCACACCCCUCAACAGUGGACACUCGGGCUGGGAAAUAACAACAACGACAACAUCCGACAAGGGCGAGGAAAGCACCGCCACCAUCACCGCCGAAACGCUCAUCAACUCAGCCGGGCUCUACGCGAUCCCGCUAUCCAACAUGAUCCUGCCCAAGGAAAGACGCCGGCAACCCUUCUACGCAAAAGGGAGUUACUUCUCCUACAGCGCGUCGCACCCCAAACCCUCGACGCUCGUCUACCCGGCUCCGGUCCCCGGCCACGGAGGUCUGGGAACGCACCUCACGCUCGACAUGGCGGGCCGCGUGCGCUUCGGCCCCGAUGUCGAGUGGACUUCCGACCCGACUGACUACCGCCCCAAUGGCAGUCGCUUGGACGCCGCGCUCGACGAUAUCCAGGCGUACCUCCCGGGCAUCGAUCGCAGCGCCAUCAAUUUGGAUUAUGUGGGGAUACGGCCGAAGUUGGGUAAAGGGGGUAGCGUGACGAGCGGAGCUGGGUUCCAUGAUUUCUGGAUCAGGAAGGAGGAUGGGUUCGAAGGGUUUGUGAAUCUUUUGGGGAUUGAGAGUCCCGGGUUGACUAGUGCGCUGGCUAUUGCGGACGAGGUGGAUCGGUUGUUGUAUUGA